UUUCAUAACUUCCCCAUAAAAUUUCAGAUUAGAGAAGGAAGGCUCCAAGGUGUUGGUCAAUGCCUUGUUCGGGAGUAUAGAAUGGUUUGUCAUGUUAUGCGAGGAAAACUUAGCAAGGAUUUCAUUGAGGGCUGCAGAGCUAUUCUGGUGGAUAAGGAUAAGAACCCAAAGUGGGAGCCUUCUAAGCUGGAGCUUGUCAGUGACACCUUUGUUGAUCAAUAUUUCUCUAGGGUAAAUGAAGGUGGCUGGGAAGAUCUUAAACUUCCUGCUAGGUUCAACUUGCCUGCCAUUGCACUUGCAAAGCUCUAGAUACGAUGAAAUAAGAAUCUGUUCAACAGAAGUUGAAACACUUGGGCGUAUGCAAUUUAGACUGAGAGCUUGCUUGAGAAACAGUAGUCCGAGAAUUACGAUACCUAAUUUCUGGCCAACUGGUUGUAUAUUCACGAUGGGAUAUUUGUUACAAUAAAUUUGCUAUGAAGUGUUGUCUCUCUGGGGACAUCUGGUGAAGCUGGAACCAUGCAAAGAAAAUUAAAAUGAUUUUUGCAUGAGGAUGACACUCAUCGAAAAAGAAGGGUGUCAGGGACUCGAAUUAAGAAUUAGAGGAGAGAAGAAGGAAACAGCUGAAUGGCAGAAAGCAAGAAUAAGCAUAUGAAGUUCCAGCUGAUUAAAGGACAUUUUAGAAUUAUGAAUAAACAUUGUGAUUAGUUGUAGAGUUUUCUUAUUAUUUUUUUGUUUUUUGUUAUGAUAGUAAUCGAACUCUCCGAAAGUGAAUUAUUAUAAAUAUUAGAAGGAAGGAGGUAAGAAUUGCAUAUCGUUACCAAAAGAACUUGAAUUAAAAUAAGCAAUUCCUCUUUUCUCUUAA